AUGAUUAAAAUUGCGUAUCAUCCUGGUGUAAAUAAUUUAUUUUCUCACAAAAAAGUGCAAAAGAAGAAGAACCUUUACCCUCUGGGUUAUUCCUCUCAUGUCCCCUUUUCAAAUGAACACAAUGAACUGAGAAAGAAAGUUUACCGUUUUAAAGUAUUCGUCCAGGAGGGGAAUUUGAGAAAUAAUUGCAGCGGUAAAAAUGGGCGACCUACACAUGUGGGUACCAAUCUAGACGAUCAAACAGACAAACAGCUGAGGGGAGCUCAAGACAAAUACUGCGCUAAGGAGACAACACUCGAAGAGGUGGAAAAUCAAAAUGGAUGUGCAGACGGUGGAGAAGAUGAAGAGAGGGAAAAAGGACACCAAAAGGAUGUCCAUUUUGUAAAUGAUAUGACCCAUGAGGGGGGAACCCCUCCGAAUGGUGACUCCCCAGAGUGUGCAUCCGUCCCUCAUGAGGUACAUGUGGGGUGGGCACAAGAUUGGCAACCUCAUAUAGGAGAUAUCUCAUCCGAGGAGGAGGGAGAGGGAGCGUUUUGUGAUAAGGAAGAAGAUUAUGCAAGCCAAAUGGGAAGCGAAGAAGAGGCACAGCAGGGCGAAGAAAGUGCCCAAUCAUAUGGAGAAGAAACCCCCGACCUUCAUGGCAAACCGCUGCGUGAACGGAAGGGAAAAAAGAAAGAGGUCGACCUAAAAAUCAUAAGAAACCUACCCCUGAUAUCCAUUAUAGGCCGACCGAAUGUUGGAAAGUCUACCAUAUUCAACCGAUUGACGAGGAAGUUCCAAGAGGGUAGCAUAGUCCUAGGAGAAAGCAGCACAAGAGAUAAAAUUUAUGGAGAAGUGGAUUGGGAUGGGUACAAAUUUGAGGUGGUGGACACAGGUGGCCUCAUAUUCGAAGAUGAAAAAUUUUGCAAGCAAAUACGAGAUCAAAUUAUGUUAUCGCUUAAGGAGUCCUCAGUCGUGUUGCUCGUCGUUGAUGGGAUAAACGGCGUCCACCCUGUGGACCUGGAGAUAUGCAGGUUCCUCAGGAAGUAUAUUAAAAACCAGUACAUUAGUAAAAUGGCCACUCGGAAGAAGGGGGCCGACCAGGUUAACGAUGCUGCUGCAGUAGAAAACUCGCCGGAGGGCGCAUCGAGUGAUACGCCAGAAGGAUGCGAAGUGGACAACUGUCAAACGGAUACAACGUCCCGAGGAUCUCACAAUGACAUUGACACGAGGAAUGCACUAACCGAAGAAGACGAAAAUGAUGGGCUGAAGAGAGCCAUGCUAAAAGUCAUCGUAUGCGUGAACAAGUGUGAGUCGUACAAAGAUGGAAAUGUGAAGGCGCAAAAUUUCUGGGAAUUAGGGUUCGGGACGCCCUACCCCUGCAGUGGGAUCCAUGGAAAUGGGCUGAGCGAAAUUUUAGACGAGUGUAUCAAGUAUAUAGAAAAAGUGGAGAUAAACGAAUUGGAAGAAGAAAAAAAUGAAGAAAACACCAUAAAUAUUAGCUUCAUCGGAAAACCAAACACAGGCAAAUCAAGUAUAUUAAAUAAAAUCCUAAAUUGUAACCGUUUCAUCGUUUCUCCAAUAGCAGGAACGACUGUUGAUUCGAUUGACGUUUUAGUAAAGAUUAAAGACAGUGAUAGGAUAUACAGACUGAUUGACACUGCUGGAAUACAAAAAAGGAAAAAAAAUGUUCCCUUUAACGAAAAAACGAAAUAUGAAUACUUACUAUUUAACAGAACGGAGAAGGCUAUCAAACGUAGUGACGUGUGCAUCCUCGUCAUUGACUCGUUUAAUGGAAUCAGCUCACACGAUAUAAAUAUAGCAAGGAAAAUUGUGAAGGAAAAUAAAAGCUGUAUAAUUUGCUGCAACAAAUGGGAUCUAAUAUAUAACAAAAAUGAUAUUUUUAAUGACACCAAAAAUUAUGUUCUUAAUCUUUUAAAGCCAGUUGAUUUUGCGAACAUUCUUUUCAUAUCUGCGAAGACGUCGCAAAGGUUGCUUAACAUAUUCGAUAAUGCUGAAGAGACGUAUAAGCAGUACACAAGGAAAAUAAACACGAACAGUUUGAAUGACGUUAUAAAGGAAGCUCUGCUUCUUAGACCUCCAAUUCCCAUCAGGAACAAGUCGCUAAACAUUUACUACGCCUUUCAGGCACAUAUUAAACCCCCCGGUUUUGUUUUUUUUUGUAAUUCUCAAAAGUGUGCUUACGAAAAUUACACAAAAUAUCUGGAAAGCAGAAUAAGAGAAAGCUUCAACAUACGGGGCACGCCUAUUAGAAUUUACUACAAGCAGAAGAGAAAAAGAAACCUUAUUAAGAAGGUUAAGAACCCGGACAAGUACAACCUAGAUAUUGAGGCCAUACAGAGGGACUUUUUAAAGACGCAAUCUGGUCAAAAAUCCCAGGGGUGA